GCGGGACCUGCCUGCCUGCCUCAGGUGCGGGAGGAGGGAGGCACCUGCCUUCCCCGGGGUCACAUGAGCGAGAGGGAAGGCGGAGCUGGCCAGAUCGCAGCCCUGGGAGGGAGCGGACAGACGGACAGGGCCGGUGGUGAAACCCUGGGGGCUGCCCGGUUCCCGGUCAUCCCCAUCUCCAAGGGCCCCCCACGCCCCCCAACGGCCUGAGGACGCCGGGAAGCAGGAGGUUGUGUGACAGUUGCACCAGCAGGAUUGUGAUCUCUCCAGGGAAAGGGGGAGUGACCCCCCCAUGUCCCCCCCUCCCUCCCAGACACCCGGGGGAGCGAUGGCGGGCUACAGUCACUCCUUGCUCCUGGCCGUGGCCCUGCAGUCCCUGUUACAGCCGGCCCUGGGCCAAACCACGAACAGGAGCACCGUGACACCCACAUCCGUAUCGGGGCUCACGGAGUCGGAGCGGCUGGCGGCCAUCAUUGUCCCCUCCCUAGUCGGGGGUCUCCUGCUUAUUGGACUUGUGAUCUUUGGGGCGCUCAAGGUGCGGGAGAGGCGGCAGACGGAGGGCACCUACCGGCCCAGCAACGAGGAGCAGGUGGGUGCUCGGGUGGUGACGAACGCUAACCUCCAACUGCCCCCCGAGGAGCGGCUGAUCUGACCCGGGGGGAGGGGGGGGUCACACACACCCCCUCCCCGGACUGGCAGACUCUGUACCAGCUGGACCCUGUGGUUGCACAUCUGGAAGGGGGGGGGCGGCUCCUUGCAUUCCGCUGGCUGGAAGGAGCCGAGGUCUUCGUCGCUGGAUGCAUUGGAUUUCCACCUGCGCUCUCCUCCUGCGGGGGCGGAGGGGUGCUGCCCGGUGAAACGGCUGGCCGUGCUGGUGCUGCGCGACAUCGCCCCCUGGUGGCAGAAGCGGCGGGAACCUCUGCUGCUGUGCUGGGAUAUUGGCAGAACGCUCACACCUUGCGCGUGUUUCCACCUGGCUGAACGCUUUAUCCCCUCCACCCCCGUCUGCGUCUCACACGUGUCCUGUAAUCUCCCCUACCUCGGUCUGCGUCUGUCUGGCCUGGGGGCGGCUGCAGGGGGGUCACUAAGCCGGCCCCAGCUCGCAGUGCAGGCUGCAGAUGGGGAGUGACUCUGCAUUGGCACCUGUAGCCUGAGGUGCAGACGGAAGGUAGCGGUAGAGAGGUUUAAGUCCCCUCACUGUUGUGCCUCAGUUUCCCCAUCUAUCACUCCCCCUCUUCCUGGUGCUGUCCCGGCUACAAAACCAGCAGCCUUCUUGGGUGCAUGUGGAAGGUGCCACAUCGCUCUCUAGUGGCUGGUGAAUGCAGAGGAUAAUAGCCUCCUGCGGCUGUCAGCGGGUGGAGCCGCUCCUUGGGCUGGGCCGGGGUUACUGGACUCAAACCGGGGGCUGCUGAUGGGGUCAUUUCUCAUGGUGGGGGGAGGGGUGAAAUACACUAAUAACUCAGAAAGCAACUGGGUGGCCUUUUUUGCUGUCCUGUCUAUGGGGAAUGUAACCAAACUGCACCCAACUUAACGAGCCAAAUCUUCGUCCUCCGGCAGGGCCGUGGUUCAUCCCCCCCUUAAACCAAAACUUGCUGGAAUCUUCUCCCAUGUGCGGCAUCCCCCCCCCCGGAGCAGGUGCCGGUGGUCUUUUCCCCCAAGCCGCAGUGUCCCACAGCACAACCCUGCCCCAUUGCUGCUCCCCCGGCCGGCACCAGGGCUAAGGUUAUUUCCCUGCAUGGGGCAGCCUGGGGUAAAGCAACCACGUGGCCCCCCCAUCGGCAAGGCUUGAGUAGGAGCAGCCAUCCCCCUGCCUCAGGCUUCCAGACCCGUCUGCAGGAGAAGCAGCUUGUGGGCCGAUUUCCUCGCCCCAUUAGCCACUCGUACCAGCCGCGGCUCCUAGAGCCUAGGGCUUGGUUUGUGGAUCUUUAACUCGAAGGGCUUUUCUCCCACCCGUGCCUUGGCCAUUUGAGUUACGGGGAACACACACAGGUUUUAAAGAGGCCGGCCCAUGGUGCUGGCUCUGCCUUUAAGCCACCCGUGGGGGGUUGCUCUGACCAUCUCAGCCUCUAACUUGGAUACAGUGGCAGUGAGUUCCCCAGGCUCCCAAGGGAGGAAGAUGGGGGGGAGCUGUUUGCCCAGCGGGCCAUCCAGCAACAGGGGUUGCUAGGACCCCAGUUCCCCAGCCGGCUGCUUGGGUCAUCUUUACAGCCCCUGCUUCCUCACUGUAGGCUGUGUCUUGGCUCUGCCCCCGUGCCUGCCGCCGGCGCCUCCGGGGCAUGCCAACCUUGCUCAGUGGCUGGCUGAAAGCUUCCCCUGCUGGGCCAGCCGUCACCUGGUGCUGCGUGUUCUCCGCCUCAGUCACCUCUUCUCUCCUUUCAGUCCUCCCGGGAAGACCCGAAAUUAACGGAGCUGUGAGAGCCGGGAGCAAACGUCCCCAGAGUUUGGCCCUUGCCCUUUGAAACGGCCGGAGUUGGGAUCUCCUGGCCCCAUGCCUGCCCACUGGUCAGUUUCGCACCCUCUCCCCCCGCCACGGGGGUCACUCUACCCAGUUUUGCAUGGGCCAGAGGCUGCCCCUUACAACCUCCCUGUUCACCCAGCAGCAGGGGGGCUGGUCGCUGCCCUGUGAUGAUACAAAUAAGUGCAGCAGGGCUGGGGCUCUGACAUGGGACUAGCUGUUCACAGCCUUCUAGCCCUCAAAUCUCUUCUUCAGCUGUGACGGCUGAAGCAGGGCUGGGAGCCAUGUAGGAUUUAGGCUGCCAUGGGAAUCGAGGAGCGUUAGGCACCUCCAGCCCUUUGAGGAGCCGGGCCUCUGACCCAGGGGGUUUAGGUGCCCCUGUUGCUAAUCUUCCCCCUUUUCUGCACCCAAAUAUGCAGCAAUGUAGUUGAAGCUGUCCCCCGACGCUCGCCUAGAAAGGGAGGCUGGUCCUGCCAGGAAGGCCCUGCCUCAGACCCGCUGGGUGACCUUGGACAAGUCACGUCACCUCUCGUGCCUCAGUUUCCCUAGCUGUAGGAAGCCGGUCCUACAGAGCCAGCGAGGAGCAGGAGGCAGGGUUACCUGCCCCUCUGGGUGCUGGCAUGGCAGCUUUUUAAGUUGGGUUUAUACAGUGUUGUGUUUUUCCCUCCUCUGUGCAAAUGUAACUUUUAUUUUUUUGUAAAAUAAACUAAUUUUGGGAU